AUGAGGAGCUUUUACAGAUCAUCACCAUUUCCUGAUCACUGUCUUGCAGCCAAAAUUGUGAGACGCUAUGUGCGAUGAUGAUGAAACUACUGCACUUGUAUGUGACAAUGGUUCUGGGCUUUGCAAAGCUGGGUUUGCAGGAGAUGAUGCCCCCAGAGCUGUAUUUCCAUCCAUCGUUGGAAGGCCUCGACAUCAGGGUGUUAUGGUUGGAAUGGGUCAAAAAGACAGCUAUGUAGGGGAUGAAGCACAAAGUAAGAGAGGGAUCCUGACACUGAAAUAUCCCAUCGAGCAUGGAAUCAUCACUAACUGGGAUGACAUGGAAAAGAUUUGGCAUCAUUCUUUCUACAAUGAACUCCGGGUUGCACCAGAGGAACACCCCAUCCUGCUGACUGAGGCCCCUUUGAAUCCAAAGGCCAACCGUGAAAAAAUGACUCAGAUCAUGUUUGAGACGUUCAAUGUGCCAGCCAUGUACGUAGCAAUUCAGGCAGUGCUGUCUCUGUAUGCAUCUGGAAGAACAACUGGAAUAGUUCUGGAUUCUGGGGAUGGCGUCACACACAACGUGCCUAUCUAUGAGGGCUAUGCCUUGCCUCACGCCAUCAUGAGGCUCGAUCUUGCAGGCAGAGACCUCACUGACUAUCUCAUGAAGAUUCUCACUGAGAGAGGCUACUCCUUUGUCACCACUGCGGAACGGGAGAUUGCGAGAGAUGUCAAGGAGAAGCUCUGUUAUGUGGCACUGGAUUUUGAGAAUGAAAUGGCGACUGCAGCUUCCUCCUCCUCUCUUGAGAAGAGCUAUGAGCUUCCUGAUGGACAAGUCAUCACCAUUGGGAAUGAACGGUUCCGGUGCCCGGAAACUCUCUUCCAGCCAUCCUUCAUAGGGAUGGAAUCUGCAGGUAUCCAUGAAGCCACUUACAGCAGUAUUAUGAAGUGUGACAUCGACAUCCGUAAGGAUCUCUAUGCUAAUAAUGUCCUCUCUGGAGGAACCACGAUGUAUCCUGGGAUUGGUGAUCGGAUGCAGAAAGAGGUUACAGCUUUGGCUCCAAGCACCAUGAAGAUUAAGAUGAUUGCACCACCCGAACGGAAAUACUCUGUGUGGAUUGGGGGUUCAAUACUGGCAUCCCUGUCCACUUUUCAGCAAAUGUGGAUCAGCAAAGAAGAAUAUGAGGAAGCUGGUCCCUCUAUUGUCCACCGCAAGUGCUUUUGAGGCCUUCCAUCAUGUACUGUCAGUGAUAAGUAGUGCUGUUUCUCUACACAUCACCUCUGAGGGUGGGUUGGCUUUCUUCCACAUGGUAAAGAACCACACUGUAUGGGUGUCAUAUGAAUUACCAAAUUAUUUCUGAUAUUUGAUGCUAAAGUGAGACUAACACUUCCGUGGUGGGUGUUUUCCAAGAUCAGUAACAGCAGUUAUCCUGUACAUUUGUAUAGACCUCCCUUUCCCCCACAUUUGCCACUGUUUUGCUGCCAUCCAGGAGGUGACACACGCUGCUGCUGUGUGUUAGUCUCUGCUAUCAGUGGUAAGUCUGAAGUAUGUCCUUAAGUGAUUCAUCAAACUCAAGCAUAAUGCAGGAUGUAUGUACUGGAGAGGGCUGUUUAUAUGCAGUUAAUGCUGUUUGGAUUCCUCUAAGGGGGUUUAUCUUACCAAGGACACAGUGGAUUUAUGUGGGUACCAGUGUGCACAUGGGUGACAGUAUGGAUGUCUCCCUGGUAUCCUGCAGUUGUUAGGCUGGAGACUUUUGUCUCCCUGUGACCACCACUCCCCACCAGUAAGGAGCUUCAACAAGCUUCAGUACUUCUGAAUAUACAUGUAACAAGUGAUUUAUUGGAUGUAUUAUUGCUUUCUUCAUCCCUCUUCCUAAGCAGUCAACUGAUGUUUCAUUUACUUGUGCUGUAGAUGUGCUAUGCUGAGCUAAGCUAAUGAUUACAGAGUAAAUAAUAACCUUUGGAAUGUGUUAUUGAAACACCCUGGGUUUAAUGGAUCAAUAAAAGCGUAGCUGUCCGUGGAA